GAUUAAAUUUAUGUAAAUGAUAACAAAUCUAGCAUAAAGAUAGUUAAACGAUGUUAAACAUAAUACACCCCUGAACAGGUAUAAAUUUUCAGUUUAUUUCGCAAAAAUCAUUUUCGGAGAGGACAACUGGAUUAGAUAUCAGAAAUGUUUGUGCGAGUUUACGCAGUGUGUUUACUGUUGGUGAUGUUUUCCCUUUGUGAAACGUCGGACGCUGUCCGAUCAACAAACAAUGACGAGUCGAUUUGUUCAGGAUCAAAAUGUGGAAAGUACAGUUACAAAAAGAUUUUGAAGCUAUACCCUGGCUUGUUCUACACCCAGAAACAGAUUGCAGUGAAAGAGAGAAAGUUUAGUGAAACAAGACUGGAAUAUCUUAAAGAACAAGGAGUUGAUCCACAAGCUCAUUGGCUUGGGGACGGUGACGCGUGUUGCCCUACGGAAAUUAAAUCAUUCACUAAUUCGACGAUGGAAAAUGUAUAUGGAGAAACAAAGUAUAUUAUCCACACGCCUCCAAAAUACCAGUUCAUUCCGCAUGGAUUUUGUAUUGAAGGCGGAACGUGUGAUGGUAAAUGCGCAACUGAACCAGUUACCCACUCUUUGUUGACCUACAACGUUGCAAAGAAAAAACUGGAAUUUGAUCUGUUUGUUGUUCCAGGGUAUUGCUCGUGUAAAGCGUCAUAAGUCCAGUAUUCAGUAACCAAAACGUGUUUUGUGUUGCAAAACAACUUGUUAUAGACUUACACUAUUACCCUUACAUAUUAUUCUGACAAAACAUGCCGCCACAUUAUUAGAUUUUUAUACUGAAUUCAUUUUAGUCUAUGCAAGAAACCUUUGUAAACGGCAUUUAAAAUAGAAAGAAAUCUGUAUACAACGUUUAAGGAACAAAAUCAUUUUAAAGAAAUAGUUUGUCUUUGUUUCAGCGAUUAUCUGAUUUCAGUGUGAUUUAUGACAUUUGUAUAACACAAUAAAAUCUUACUUGAACUUUAA